AUGAACACCAUCGAUAAUACACAUUCCAAUGAUAAAAUACGUCGUUUUAUUUUACGUCUCGAAGAUACUCUUGUCUGUGCUCUUAUUGAACGAGCUCAGUUCGCACACAACCACUCCCUAUACAUCCCGGGCGCUUUAGACUUUAACAAUAUGACUGGAAAACGCAGCUUUUUGGAAUACUUUUUAUGGGAAACAGAAAAGAUGCAUGCCAAAGCAAGACGUUACGUGACUCCUGGAGAGUACUAUCCAUUUACAUCACCAUUACCUGCACCCACAGUCAAGUUGCCACCAUCACUUUUCGAAUACCCAUCAUUUUUGUGGCCCAACGACGUCAACAUCAAUGAUACCAUUAUGGAUGUAUAUACCGAAUCCAUUGUACCUACCAUAUGCGCCCAAGCGGAUGGCGAUGAUGAUGAUGACAAUGAUGAUGGUCAAUAUGCAAACUCAGCGAUGCGGGAUAUUGAGUGUUUGGAGGCACUAAGUCGACGUAUUCAUUAUGCGAAAUUUGUCGCUGAGAUGCGGUUUCGGGGAGAUUCAGAAACGUUCGCUCGUUUGGCUCGUGCUUAUGACCGACAAGCAAUAGCCGAUCGGGUCACGGAUCGAUCUAUGGAGAAAAAAAUGCUACAACGACUUGGAAGAAAGGCACUUGUUUAUGGCCAAACAUUAUUGGAGGAAACCGGAAAGAGAAACCGGUUACCAGCAGCGCAGCAAGUAGUCCAAGUAUACGAGCAAUGGGUGAUUCCAUUGUCAAGGAAGGUCGAGGUGGACUAUUUGAUCACACGAGGUCUCGCAUAUUGUACCGAGUAA